UGUGACUUGAUUGUAUAUUCUAGGAGUGUUUAAACGUCCUCGGUCCGAGCUUUAUUGUUCACUUUGGAUGAAAGGUCCAGAAGGUUCUGAAGAUCGCACUGUCUGCAAUAUUACAAUGAAUACAUGGAUAUUAAGAUCAUUAAUAAUGGUUUUGUUACUGCCAUUUUUACUUGGAGAUGAUGAUGAUGAUGACGAAGAUGUCCGAGUUGGCUGCAGAACAGCAGUGAAUGACUUGGUGUAUAUCAUUGAUGGCUCCUGGAGUGUGGGAUACACAGACUUUGACACUGCCAAGAACUGGCUCAUAAACAUUACGAGUGGCUUUGAUGUGGGUCCCCAGUACACACAGGUGGGUGUUGUUCAGUACAGUGACACUCCCAGGUUGGAGAUCCCUUUGGGAAAACAUCAGAGCAGCCAGGAAGUCAUUGAAGCCAUUGGUAAAAUUAAGUAUCUCGGAGGCAACACUCAGACUGGCAGAGCCAUCAAAUUCGCCACAGAUCAUGUUUUUCCAUCAUCUCAGAGGACCAACACAGCCAAGAACCGAAUCGCAGUGGUUGUGACAGACGGGAAGUCACAAGAUGAUGUUGUAGAUGCCUCAGUGGAGGCUAAAGCCCAGAACAUCAUCAUGUUUGCUGUAGGGGUGGGCACUGAAAUCACCAAGUCUGAGCUGGUGUCGAUUGCCAACAAGCCCUCUUCAACCUAUGUACUGUAUGCAGAAGACUACACUACUAUUGGCAGAAUAAAGGAAGCCAUGCAACAGAAGCUUUGUGAAGAAUCUGUGUGUCCAACCAGGAUUCCUGUAGCCUCUCGUGAUGAGAAGGGUUUUGAGUUGAUGCUGGGUUUAAAAAUUAACAAGAAAGCACAGAAAAUACAGGGAUCCCUGAUGUCAGAGACAGCCUUCCUCCUGAGUUCUCAAGUGGACAUAACAGAGAAUACAAGAGAUAUAUUUCCUGAGGGUCUUCCUCCAUCAUAUGUAUUUGUGGCCACUCUUCGUUUAAAAUCACCAACAAACAAAGAAAGGUUUGACCUUUGGAGAAUUCUGUCCAGAGACAACAUUCUUCAAGCAGCAGUGACAAUCAAUGGUGGAGAAAAAACAGUUACCUUCACAACAACUAGCCUUAUUAGUGAACUUCAGUCUAUCAUUUUUGAUGAUGGACACUUAAAGGAACUCUUUGAUGAAGAUUGGCACCAGCUUAAACUGCUUGUUAAAGCGAAGCACAUAACAUGCUUUCUGGAUGAUGUCCAGAUUGAAGAAAAGCCUCUGGAACAGGUUAUCCCAAUCUAUAUUAAUGGAAAGACGCAGGUUGCCAAGCGAGUGAAGAGGGAGGCAACUGUACCAAUUGAGAUACAAAAACUGAGACUUUAUUGUGAUCCUCAGCAAAGUGAAAGAGAGACGGCAUGCGAAAUCUACUCUGUGGAUGAUGAGAGGUGCCCACUGGAUAGAUUACCCAAUGUGGACAAAUGUGAUUGCCCUACUGGUUCUCCUGGAUCUCCUGGUCUCCCUGGACCAAAGGGAAUCCGAGGUGAAAAUGGGAGGCCAGGUCCCCCAGGGGAUGACGGUAAGCCUGGUGUCCCAGGUGAACAGGGAAUGCGGGGAACACCUGGGCUGCCAGGGGAAAAGGGUGUACCAGGUCUACCUGGUCCUAAAGGAGAGCCUGGACGAACAGGUGCCAAAGGCGAAAGAGGAGCACCAGGCAUUUCAGGGAAACCCGGCUCUCCAGGACCUACGGGGCCUGGUGGGUUAACAGGACGCUCGGGCUCUGCAGGAAUCCCUGGAAAAAAGGGAAGCAAAGGAGAGAUUGGCAUACCUGGAAUUCCUGGUCAGCCUGGACCUAUGGGGGAGCAAGGAAUCCCUGGGAAGAAUGGACUCGGUGGCCCAAUGGGACCAAAGGGUGAGAAAGGAGAACCCGGUGAGCCUGGGGCAGAUGGAGUGAGGGGACCUCCAGGCUUUCGUGGCCUACCUGGAGAGCCUGGGACUGUUGGACCCAAAGGGGAUCGAGGCUCUCCAGGCCCUAAGGGAAUGAUGGGGCCACAGGGACACCAGGGGAUUCAAGGGCCAAUGGGCCCAGCUGGUGUGGAAGGACGAGAGGGCCCUAAGGGUGUUCCUGGCGAGCAUGGAAGAGCAGGAUUGCCUGGGGUCCCAGGACAGAAAGGGAUGCAAGGAGAACAGGGAGUUCAAGGACUGCCUGGCUCAGUGGGUAAUCCUGGAUUUAAGGGCCAUAAGGGUGAUCCUGGGGAACCUGGUGAAAAAGGAAAUCAGGGUGAUCAAGGCAUCGCUGGGAUUCCAGGAGCUCUUGGGAUCCGUGGUGAAACUGGACUCAGGGGAAGCAAGGGAGAGAAAGGUGAUUCUGGAGACUCAGGAAUCAGAGGCCUUGAUGGAAAAAAAGGAGACUUGGGUCCAGUAGGAGCUGUUGGGCCUCGUGGACCUCCAGGCCAAGAUGGGUUACCAGGGCAACCAGGAGUGCCUGGGUUUCCAGGGAAACCUGGAAAGCCUCCUUCUGAUGAGCAUUUGAUAAAGCUUUGUACAACUGUUCUCCAGAAUCAAUUGCCCCAGUUUCUACAGACAAUGCUCCCAAAUUGUCAAUCCUGUGAAACAAAGCAGGGCUCGCCAGGCAUGCCGGGCUCCCCUGGUCCCCCGGGUCCCAGUGGCCCACCUGGAUACCCUGGAAGGGUGGGGAGACAAGGAUACAUGGGCUCACCAGGGUUAGAAGGACCCCAAGGAAUAAAAGGUGAUAUUGGGCCAAAGGGAGAUAAAGGUUCGAAAGGAGAGGGACACUUUGGAUUACCAGGUCCACCUGGCCCACCAGGUGCCCAGGGUCCUCAAGGCAGGGAUGGCGAAGGCACCCCAGGAUCCCCUGGCAAUGAAGGCAAACCUGGGAUGCCUGGCAUACCGGGAAAGCGUGGACCACCAGGACACCCUGGUACCUGUGAUGUGACACUCUGCUACAACAUGUACAACCUCAGAGACAAUCGGUUCAGCAAGGGACCCAAUUUCUAGACCUCUGCACAGAACAGCAGCAGUCAGCCAUCUCACUUGCAAAAAACCCAAAGAAACCUGAGCUGGUAUAAAAACAAACGGAUUACCUUCAAUCCUCUAGUGAAGAUGCAAUUGAUUUAACAUUGUGUUUUUACCAGAUUAAGGGCAUUUAUUUGAAUUAUGCUACAGUUCAGUAAUUGAGUGAGAAAUUUAAUUGCAAUAUACUGUAGUACAUUCACUUAUCAAAACUGUUCGCUUAAUAGAUUUUGUAAUAUUGAAUAUGAGGAAACUAUAUCAUUCAAGUAAAUAGAACCCCAUAAAAACUAUUUCUUAAAGUCAUAUCCAAUUAAAUUAACAGAGAUUGACCCAAUCUUGCCUGUGCUUCCAGUGGCAAAGUUCGAUAGAAUUACGCUGUUUUUAUCCAUGUGUUUUGUUUAUAACUUGCCAUUUAGUAGUUAAAGACAAACUAAAACACUGUGAUUGUGAUAAAGAUUAAAUGUGAUAUGUCUGAUCUUAACCUGCCUUGUUUAACUAUUUGGACAAAGUAGUUAGAAACCCACUAUGAUAAACAAUGGUUUUUGCUCUGGUGGUGGCGAUCGUGAUGGUGGUGGGGUCAAUCAAUUUUCUGUUAUAUACCACCUUUCAGUAUAGAGCAUUCUUAAGACACUUAAGAUUAAAACAGUAUAGUGUACAGUAUACACAGAUACAGAUCUAACUGAGAAAACCGAAAGAAAUUGGUUUAUUUAUUUAAUAAUUAAAGGCCAUCAAAACCAUAAAAGGUUUCAGGUGAUAUUUAGAAACAUCAACAGAUGAUGUAUUUUUAAAUCUGGUCAGGAAGAGUAAGCAAAAAGAAAAGCGCUGCCACUGAAAAAGCUUGGUCCCCUAAUGUACAGUGUGAAGUCCUUGAAUGCCUGUGCUGUAAGAGACUAGUAGUCGUUCAGCACAGGACAAAUAUUCAUUUUUUUGUAGUUUUGGGCAGCACUGGUAGUUUCUGUAGCAACUUGAAUGAACCAGCUAAAAGGCAUUGCAGUAGUCCAACUGUUUCACUGUAACCUAGAGAGGUAUGACAAAAGUUAGAAGUUAAAACAGUGGACUUUAUUUAUACUGCACCUUAGUGAGGCAGAUACUGUACUGAUAGGAAUCGGGGUUGGUCUGACUCUUUUUGUCAUAAUUACUGUACAUUCAUUUUAAGGUCUAGUUUUCAAAAGUGAAAGUGAAUUUUAAUUAGUAAUUAAUACUAGUUUCUAUGGUUCAACAGCCAAAUAUAUUAAAAUGUACAAAAUCCAAGUAUAAAAGUAACAGCAAUGAAACCUAGUACUACAUUUGUUACUUCUAUCCAAUAUUAAUAAAAAUCUGAAAGAACAAAUACUCUUUAACAAUUGCUGUUGAUUUAUAAUGUGGGUAUAUUCAGACUGACAUUCAAAAAUAUAUUUUGACAUGCAUAUAAAUUACAUAUUUGUCACUCAGGUUUCCAUCUCUUUAUCUCUAUUUUCAUCCUUUUUUAUUCUUUCCACUAUGUUUUUCUUCUUAUAACUUCUCCAAUCCCACACAUAAAGAAGGCUCCACCGCUGAAAUAUUGUUUCUUCCUCCUACUUUUCAGUGUGAAAUUAACCUCUAGUUGCUCCCUUGCAGCAUGAAUGCUGACAAAGCUUCCCACCCUAACCUCUUUGAAUAAACUAUACAGACACCCAUUUGUAAUAUAUUGCAUGAGUUUCCAGCUGAAUUACUCUGUAAAAAAUGUGUUGGAUUUAAAGGGGAACAUCUGAACAAAUUUUUUUUUUAGCCUUUUCAUUCUGAAAAAAAAAUGUUGAUAAUUACUUUUGUGUUGAAAGAGAUCUAGCCAAUAUGUGUAAGCUGUUAUCCCAUAAAAUAAACUGAGAGCAGAAAAUUAAAAAAAUCCGAAGAUGAUCACCCUCAGCUUCAAUAGAUUCAGUUUUACUGUAGUUGCCAUACCUAUAAGGUUGCAUUGUUUUGUUUUCUUAGUCUAAGUAGAAUCUCAGAUGUGUCACAGUUUGGGAAGCUGACAUAUUCUUAUGGGUUUGACUGGCCAUACUCCUGUCAUAAAUAAACACAGCCUCAGGUUGUUUUAAGUAUUCCUUAAUAUCUUUGUGAUUGAGCCUUUAUUAUUAACAAUUAAUCUCACCACCUACAAACCAUUGUUAAUUAAAUUGGGUUUAGAGUGCAUUUUAACUCAGGAAGGAAGCUAUGUUUGAUAUUCUUGUGUCAACAGUCUUAAUGCUUUAUAAAGUGACAAUCCAUGGCUUUUGGUAAUGAUAUCGUGGGGCUAAUGAGUAAAUUAUUGUUUAGGGUACAGAUGUCUUGAGGUAUUUGGUUUAAUUAAUACAGAGGACUUACAUCUUCUAUAUUCUGUAUUUAUGAGAAUAGUUCAAUAUUAUUUUAAAACCUACUGAUUUUUUAAAAUAAAUCUUAGACAUGGAAAGUUGUUUUAACAAAAAAAAAAGAUUUGAACAAAAGUAUAGUGUUUAUGAAUGAAGCUUUUAAAAUACUAACAUGUUCAGAUACAGUAAAUCAUUUACCCAAAUGAAUCAUUUGAAGAACCAUUUGAAGCCACACUGACCAAAAACUGGAUUUGGGUAAUUGUUCAACCGAUAUAUUCAAAUGAAUAGUAAAACAAUGAUGUUUCUAUAAAUGAGAACAAUGGGUUUGAAUCUAAUUUAAAAAGUGUCAAUAAGAAAUUCAAAAAGAGAUGAGGUAAUAAAUGUCAAUAUGAAAUUCUAGGAAACGUGAACACUUACUGUAAAGUGGUGUGAAUAAGCAAACUGUUACACAGGCAGUCUUAGGUACUGUACUUGUAGCUCACCUUUGAAAUAUGGCUGUGUUCUUAUGUGUGAGGGUGUUCUGAUUGGGGCAGAUAAUAGACUUCUAUUAUAUGCUAAUUAUGCACAAGAACUGUGUUAUUUUCAGUUAGGUGCUCUCAGUCUACUUUAAUGUGCGUACAUCAUCAUAGUUGUAGGUGUCAAAACUGAAAUGAAUAUCAUAUUAUGCUCAUUACAGAGGUACUUGUUUAGCACAGCUGAGAGUUUAUAUUCUGGCAGCUAAUUUAGAGAAAGUAGUUAUUGCUAUAGGUUAAUUUGUUAUAUAUGUAUUGUAUUUUUUUAAAUGUUUGUUUCAUGCAUUAAGUAGGUUUCCAUUGAUUUAUGAAUGCCUGUAGUAUCUGUUAAUAUACUAAACUACUGUUUAUGUUUACAUUAUUAGAAAUGUUUGGUUACUUAAAAUCAUUGUUCUGCACUCUUACAUUGUACUGUACAGUGAAGGAAGCUCUUUGUUAUCGGGCCCCCAAACUAUACAUCAGGUAUUUCACCCAGAAUACUUUAUUCCUAUAAUGUUGCAUAUUACAAUGCAAGAGUAACAGCAUUGAUUUUGAAUGAGAGAACAGACAGUAUAAAAACUAGAAGGCCGACAUUGUAAAUGUAAUAAAAUAAAUUGCAAAAUGCAAAUUGUGGCUCCAAUCCAGAGGCAAUUCUAAAAAGUUUAAUAGCUCACAAAACACUGGUUGUAAAAGUAAAAUGCAACAUUGGUUCUUUUACAGUGGAGCAAAUUUGUACAUACUAUUAUUUUAUUCUUUUAUAUUUGACUAGAAUAUCUUUGGUCUUCUAACUCCUACUGUCAGCCCUACAGAAUGGACAUUUUAAAAUAUACUCUAUGUAUUCACAUUCAUACAUGGAAAUAUAGCAUUUUAUGUUUUGUGAAGAAAAAAUGAUUGUUGUAUAAGAAACAUUAUCAUUCCAAACCUACAUAUAUGAUAUAAUGGAAGUUUUAUUUAAUGAUAAAAGUAAAUUGUGUGUCUGUAUUUAGGACGUUUUUGUAGAAAAUAAAUUCCUUGUUCAAAUUAACAACGGAUACCUCUAUAUGUUGACUUUAUUGUUAUUUGCAAUAAAAAGAUUAAAUAACUUAAACGACUUUUAACUGUUAUGGAUCAUGGUCCCUCCAUUAUACUUCC